GCUUCCGCUUUAUUUUAACCAUUAAGUUACAAAUGGAGAGAGCUCUCAACAGAGACUCAAUUCAACACUUAAACGAUCGUUAUAGACAAUGGCGCAAUUGGAGUGGGUUUUGGCUCUUAGGAUUGUGCAACAACUUUGCAUAUGUGGUUAUGCUCAGUGCCGCUCAAGACAUCCUCACAAAACAAGAAUCCGAAAACGCCACCUUAUUUAACCCUGUUUUAAGUACAUUGGAUACGGAAUUUCAAGACGUGAAUCCUGGCAACGGCAGUCGCUAUGACUGCAAUUCUGUCUCAACAGCGGCUGUACUAUUAGCUGACAUACUUCCAACACUCAUCAUUAAGAUGACUGCUCCACUUGUUAUCCACAAAGUGCCUUAUGGAUUUCGAGUCUUCUUCUGCGUCACCAUGGCUGCAACAGGUUUCCUUGUCGUUUCCUUCUCUUCCACUGUUUGGAUGAGCAUUAUAGGUGUGAUUUUUGCCAGCACCAGCGCAGGAUUUGGAGAGUUAUCCUUCCUUUCCCUGACGGUCUUCUAUAGCAGGGAUGUACUUGGGGGCUGGGGUUCAGGGACUGGUGGCGCUGGUGUUUUGGGGGCCCUUCUUUAUGCAGGCCUGAUUCAAGUUGGUCUUUCACCCCAAGUCACAAUGUUAAUCAUGCUGACCAUUCCAUUCACCAUGCUAAUUAGCUAUUUUUUCCUGCUGCUUCCACCACCUUCAUUUCCUCAGUGGAAACACGAAGAAAGAGAUCGCGGCAUCUUGACAUCUGAGGAAAGACAGCGGCUAAUGGUUGAAUCACAAGAAGAACAGGACACAUCUAGCCAAGAGGACGGGAGGUCCGGAAUGCUCACUCUCACAGAAAAAAUGCACAUCUUCAAAUGUUUGAUGCCAUUUGUCUGUGCCUUGGGAUUAGUCUAUUUUGCCGAAUACUUCAUUAACCAAGGUUUGAUGGAGCUUUUGUAUUUCCGGAAUAUUUUCCUCACCCAUGCAGAGCAGUAUCGCUGGUAUCAGACAUCUUAUCAGGUUGGUGUGUUUGUAUCUCGAUCCUCGCUUUGCUGUUUCAAGAUCAGAAAACUCUGGGCCCUUGCUUUACUACAGGUGUUGAAUGCAGUGCUGCUCUUGUUGGAAGUGUCUUACCAAUUUCUGCCCGGUGCCUGGUUGGUGUUUGCCAUCAUCCUCUAUGAGGGUCUGCUGGGUGGAACUGCAUAUGUGAACACAUUCUACUUCAUUAGCAAAGAGACCGGAGACAGACAGAGGGAGUUUGCCAUGGCUGCGGCCAGCGUUGGAGACUGCGUGGGCAUAGCUUUGGCUGCAGUCGCUGCUUUCCCCGUCCACAGAUACUUCUGUUCCCUGUGAUCCAGCCGACACACUGACUAUCUCAAAUAAUAUCCACGCACCAUGAGACAGAGAGAUUGCUGCUCCUUCCUGCCUGAAACUUUCCAAGUAUGCAACCUGAACAUUGGAUAGUUUAUGCACAAUUGGACGAUUGUUGGUUGUUGUUUUUUUGGUGCUCUGUUGUUCUUUUUGUACAAAGCAUUGCAAUGGCCCAAUAUUUUUUCUGUCGCUUCUCUCUCUCCAGAAUAUUCUACCCGAUCAGUACAUGUCUGUUUCAAAGAAAAUGACUGCAUCAUCCUCUCAACAACAGUAAAAAAUUAUAGUUCCAGGUGUUUCCUGUGCACUGCCUGGGGCAUGAACGAUGGUGAUGACAAUGUGCCUCAGCAAAUAUAGUGGGUAUUUUCCUCUGUCCUCCUACUAGCCUUUUUUUUCCACAAUUACUGUUUCCACAAUUGCUGCUGAAACGACACAAAUGUAUCCACUAGACUACUAAUGAAAGGUUAUCUCAUCUGAGAUGAGUUGAUACACAACACAAACAGAAAUCUGAUCAGAGCGUCACUUUCUUAACAUAAUAAAUCUUUUUUUUUCCAGAAAAUGUGACCCACAUUCUGAUUAUUCUUUUAUGUAUUAAUAAUAUUUUUCAGGCCUAGAAGUGAAUGGUCUGUUUAAUUAAGGAUUCAGACGAUUUUUGUAGAGGUGGUCAGCAUCAUGAGAUACAAAAAAUAAAUAAAAUAAACGUCAAAAUUUGACCUAGGCCAUUAUUUUAACUCGUUUAAAGCCAGCCAUUUUUCUUAGAUUGGGAGAGCCAUUUUUGACCGUUAUUAUCAAAAUUAUUAUUUAAAAAAAAGCUCUGUUGUAGAGUUAGCUGCUGCUAUUUAUUCACGUUCUCUUGACCACACUGCUUCCGCACGCCACCGCGACGUAGGAUUGCCGGACCGCACCACCGUGUGGAACAAGAUGAUGACCACUGCUGCCAUCUUGUGGAGAUUUAUCAUACUAAAAUCAUUCCCACGGUCUUCAUACUGACUGAGGUGGUGCUCAAAGCCCUUUACUAAAUUUUAGUAUAAUUGUACUGAUUGACUCGUGAGAGAAUAUGUCGGCCAUACCUGGAACUCAUCCACCUUAGCAAAGAAGUGUUUUAAGAGGGUCAACAUGUCUGAAGCCACUGUGGCAACAUUUGUAGCAUAGCAAUCUGGCUUGUCGCAGUAGCUGAACCCAGAGCCCACAGGAUUGUCUACAAAUAGGAGAUUGGCUGCUUGGA